UAUGAUGAUGGUGAUGAUAAUAGUACAACAAAUAUCAGUAAUAUUAUAAAAAAUUGUACAAAUGAUUAUUGCAUAUCUGAUGAGGAUUACAUUGAUCUCAUUGCUGAUUAUCUUAAACCGACAAUUUACGGUUGGUUUCUCAUAACAAUGCAUACAAUUGUUUUUUUCGGUGGUAUUAUUGGUAAUUCAUUAGUUUGCAUUGCUGUUUAUAGAAAUCAUUCAAUGAGAACAGUUACUAAUUAUUUUAUAACAAAUUUGGCUUUUGCUGAUAUAUUAGUUAUUUUUUUUUGUUUACCACCUACUGUACUUUGGGAUGUUACUGAAACUUGGUUUUUUGGUGAAAAAUUAUGUAAAAUUAUUUUAUAUAUACAGACGGUGUCUGUUAGUGUUAGUAUCUUGACCCUAACAUUUAUAUCAAUCGAUCGUUGGUAUGCCAUAUGUUUUCCUCUGGAAUUCAAGUCAACAACGAGUCGUGCAAAAAAAGCAAUUUUAUUUAUUUGGAUUGUUUCACUUAUUAUCGAUGCACCUGAUCUAUUUGUCUUACAUGUAGAACCAGCAAGCCAUCUUAAAGUUGAUACAAUUUUUUAUACUCAAUGUGAAACAUCUUGGAGUAGAAAUAGCGAAAAAAUAUUUAUUUAUACUAAAUUAAUAUUUUUUUAUUUUGGUCCAUUGACGUUUAUGUCAUUUGCAUAUGCACAAAUAAUACGUGUUUUAUGGAAAAGUGAAAUACCUGGUUAUAAUUGUAAUGUUCCACCAGUUACUGAAAUAACAUCAUCAACAAUGAUUCAUGAAAACCUUGAAGGACAAUUAAAUUCACGAAGAAAAGCAGCUAAAAUGUUGGUAGCUGUUGUUCUUGUAUUUGGAAUAUGUUAUUUUCCAGUUCAUUUACUCUCAAUACUAAGAUUAUCAUCAAUUGGUCUACCAUCAAAUGAUUUCACAGUUGCAUUCAGUCUCAUAGCCCAUUGGCUUUGUUAUGCCAACAGUGCAAUUAAUCCAAUUAUUUACAACUUUAUGAGUGGUAAAUUUCGUAAAGAAUUUAAACAUUCAUUUUAUUGUGCUCAUGGUGGAUCAUCUUACGAUCGUAAAUUUGAUGGAAGAGUUGUAUAUCAAUUUCCUGGUACAUCACAAAUCACCGGAGGAAGACAACGUACUUUAAAAUUUAUUUUUAAAAAUAAUAAUAAUAAUAUUGAAGGACACAAAAGUAGUGAAAUUAUUCCACUAAGUGAAAUAUCUCAUUCACGACAAAGUAAAAGUAUUUAAAUUAAUUUUAUAUACGUUUUUAA